AUGGCGUCUAUGAAAUUAAAAAAGCUCCAAUCUGCUCUGGAAGACAUUGAAACAUUUGAAAACCCGAAAAUCGAUUUGGAACAGUACAAGACUUCGUCGCACAUUGCAGCCUGUAUUUUGCACACAGCUCAACAUGUGUAUGGCGAUAUUGCCGGUAAAACUGUAGCCGAUUUAGGAUGCGGUACUGGUGUGUUAUGUAUUGGAGCCGCUCUCUUGGGUGCUGAAUACUGUACAGGAUUCGACGUAGACCCGUCAGCCUUAGAAAAGAGUGUAGAGAAUAUCAAUUGUCAUAAUUUAUCAAACAAAUGUGAUUUCAUAUUGUGCGACGUAAAAAAUAUUGACAAAUUUGUACAAGCCAAUUCAUUUGACACGGUUAUUAUGAAUCCUCCCUUUGGAACCAGAGUGAAGGGAGCCGAUAUGAUGUUUUUAAAAAUGGCUUUACAUAUGGCUCGUACAUCUGUUUAUUCAUUACAUAAAACGAGUACAAGAGCUUAUAUCAAGAACCAAGCACUGCUUGAUUGCCGUGUUUACUCUAAAGUAAUUGCUGAACUGAGAUUUGAUUUGCCGGCAUCUUACAAAUUUCACAAGAAAGACAGUGUUGAUGUUAAAGUGGACUUAGUACGCUUUUCCAAAAAUCGCUAAUAUGUUCCAUUUCUACAUAAUAAUAUUCGGAUUGAAUCCGAAUUCAACAGUGAUAAAAGACAUUACUUAAAAUAAAAAGAUUAACGGUACAAUUUUUUUUUUUAUUAUUGUAUAAAAAUGCUUGUCUCUAUUUAAACUGUUUUGUAAUAAUAAAUUAUAUUUUCAAAAUGUAAUAAUUACUAUCAAUUCCAUUUUUUUAAACAAAACAAUUAUUGUGUAUUAAAUAAAAUGGUUAAACUUUA